AUGGAGGAAGGUUUGAGACCAACGUUUUGCAGAUCCGUGUCCAGGGGGUCAAGGUGCACUAGGGGUGUUAAUCUGGUGGUCACCGACACUGUUGCCGUCGGGUUUAUGGUGAGGGAACGGAAGGGUGGCGCUAGGGUUCUUGAGGGGUCUUCAUUAGUUUUUGUACCUUGGAGUUGGAGACAAACCAUCCUUGUGGCUUUGUCUGUUAGAAAUAAGCUGGAUUUCAUUAUUGGAUCCUCAGUCAAGCCUCCUGACAGUUCUCCCUUGGCGAGACAAUGGCAGAGGUGUAUUGAUUUGGUCGUCUCUUGGUUAACCAACUCCUUGUCCAAAGACAUUGCCCAUAGUGUUGAGUACUCUGAACUUGCCAAAGAUAUUUGGAGUGAGUUGGAGGAAAGAUAUAGUCAAGCAGAUGCUGCAAAGAUAUUUGAGCUUAAGAAAGAGUUAACUCACAUCUCACAAGGGUUACUUGAUAUUGCCUCAUAUUUCAACAAAAUCAAGCAAUUGUGGAAUGAAAUUGAUGCCUUGUCAAUCAGUAGAGUCAGGUUUUGUAGCAACUGUGAUUUCAAAUCUAACUAUCAGAAAGAUGAUGAUGUUCGAAAGGCGUAUCAAUUUUUGAUGGGUUUCAAUAAUAUGAGAAGCAGAGGCAUGUCUCUACCUCUUCUCAGUUUCUCCUACAUCUGCCUCUUUCAAUGCUGGGUGUCUAAACAAGAGUUCCCUUCCAAAGUUAAUUUUGAUGCUCAAAGACCUCUUACAUUCAAAUAUUGUAAGAAAUCAGAUCACACUAUUGACAAAUGCUAUAAAUUAUAUGGGUAUGCUCCAAACUUCAUGUUCACAGAAGGUCCUAGCAGUAGGAAAACUGCAGCUCAUGUUUAA